CGAUGCCAGGAUGGGGUCGGUCUGGAAGCGGUUCCAGCGCAUCAACAAAAAAGCUGCCAAAUUCCAGUUUACAGCUUCCUACCAUGAACUAGCCCUCACUGCCACUGCUAAAUGGCAGCCGACGCAGCUGAGCGUGGUUUGGCUACGUCGCACACGUCGUGUGGUGCAGGAGGCUCCGGCGUGGGAGCCAUCCAUGAGGAACCCACUGGAGGGGCUGUGUGUGUGGGCUGUACCAGCCAACAUUGCCAUCACCGUCACGCUCUUCAGGGACAACCGUACCAACGACUUCGAGGACAAGGAAUGGACCUUCGUCGUCGAGGAUGUGUCGUCGACGGGUAAGCGGCGUCAAGUAGCAACAGCGCAGAUCAACAUGAAGCAGUACGCUGGGUUUAGCGCUCAGCACGACGUCAAGGUGAAACUACGUCCUCUCAGCAAGAAGGUGGUCUCAGCCUCCCUCGACCUCACCCUCUCCUGCCUCUUUCUCCGGGAGGGCAAAGCCACAGAUGAGGACAUGCAGAGUAUGGCGUCCCUCAUGUCUAUGAACACACCCAACGACAUCGCUCCUCUUGAAGACUUCGAUGACGAGGACGAGAACGAAGGUCGUUGCUACAGUGAGCCAGUCAGCAGAGUAUCCACCCUCCGCAGAAAAGGUCGCACCUCCCUCACCUCUCCAGGCUCGCCAGGUGACGCUAUGGUACGCUCGGCAGAGUUUAGUCAGCUGGCGGCGCAGAUCAGCUCUUUGACCACCUCUUUCCACCAGGAUGACGUCCUCACCUUCUCCUUCAACGAUUCCCUUGUGGUUAGCGACUACCCCCUGGACCAUGCAAGCCCAGACUGUGCCCAUUUGCCGCCAGACACUGCCCUCUCACCGCUCCACUCACCCUACACGCCCACGCCCACGCCUACGCCUCUGCAAGACUCUCCUCUCAACACCUUCGACGAAACUGAGGAGGACGCUGCCACCCUAGAGGGCGGCGAGGAGCACGCCCACGCUAUCUCCAGUGAUGGCCACCCACCCACCGCCGCCCACCAACACCAUAAUCAUCACCAGAGUCCCGAAGGAGGAGCUGCAGACCUCGCUGCCACCACCACCACAGCAACCACCACCACCACCACCACUACUACUACCACAACAACUUCACAACCUGCUGCUGAUGCCGACUACACAUCCGUCCAAGAGGGGUUGACUGACUCAGGGGAACGUCGGCGGACCUUAGAGGACCGUCGAGCCCUUCAACCCCUCCACCUCAACCCCACACACAUGGGGCCUUCUAAAGGAGGUGGUGAUGCAGGAGGUGGAGAAGGAGGAGGUGGGAGAGAGACAGAAGGUCAAGAUAUAGGAGGAGGAGGGUGUACCCCAGGGCAGGAUCUGCUGUCAUGGUGCCAGACAGUAACACGCAGCUACAAGGGUGUCAAGAUCACCAACAUGACCACCUCAUGGAGGAAUGGCCUCGCCUUCUGUGCCGUUGUCCACCAUUUUAGACCUGACCUCAUAGACUAUGACAGCCUGUCUCCACAAGAUGUGAAAGGGAACUGUAAAAAGGCAUUUGAAGCUGGCGAGAGAUUAGGAGUGACUCGCCUGAUUGAGCCACAAGACAUGGUCAUACUCACAGUGCCUGAUAAAUUAGCUGUCAUGACUUACCUGUAUCAACUCAGGGCACAUUUUACAGGUCAUGAACUGGAAGUAGCACAAAUAGGAGACACUGCUGCUGAGUCUUCAUACACCAUAGGAAGACUAGAUACUAACUCUGGCGAUGAUGACAUUCUCAACCUCCGGUCUCAUGACGAUAACUGUAAUUUACAACGCCUCUCUUCCCACCUUAGUACACCAGGAGAAAAUGAAAAUGACAACAGAACAGUGGAAGCUAGAAUACGACGGACCUCGGAAUCAAGUCAAAGUUCUCAAAAGUCCAAUACUACUAGUUCAAGCAAAAGAAAAAGUGGAGACUAUGGCCCAGAGAAAGAUGGAAGCAAUGUUUCCACUACACCAUCAGCAAAAGAGCGGCUCUUAGCAUCGUCAAAAUCCAUUACUUCGGAGAUUUUCAAAAUUGGUACUAAAGUUCUGUCGCCCACACGUGAAAAACUUGCUAGAACAGAAAACAGAAACUCUACUGCAUCAUUGAGCAGCAACAGCAGCAGUGGUGAGCGUCCUGUACUGAUGACUCAUAAGCAGCUUGUAGAUCCAUUUGCCUCGGAUGAUGAGGAGGAUGUCACUGCUCCAGCUGCAACUCAGGAACACCGACCAAACAGCCCUAAUGGUAGUCAUGAAAAUGAAGAUACUUGCAAUAAGGAGAACAGAAAAUCAUUAUCCCCUAGAUCCUCAGUUAUUUCUACAGGUGAAGAGACUGGGUCUAGGAAUGGGACAACCACGGGGCCCCAGGAAGGGUCCCCAGUUGAUUCUCGACUGGAAUCCAUUGUUCAGGAGGUUCCUGGACUCCUUGAUCUCUCCCCUACUCGAAGGGAUCAGGUCGUGAUGAGAGAGAGACAAAGUCCUGUUAAAAAGACUCCUGGAGUUAAGAAAGCUGAGAGAAUUCCAGUGACAGAAGGUAUUGUGGUAACGGAAUGGACGAAAAUGACUGGUGAGGGCAUUCAUCAGAUUUGCCCUGUUGAAGUAGGUGAUGAUUGCAAAAAUCUUGAGAAACACUCUGUGAAGGAUUUUUUAUCUGUAGCUUCUGAUAACACACAAGAAGAAAACUUUAUGCCUGCUGAUGCAGUCAAUGGUGGGGUUAGACCCAAAAUUUCAUCAGCCAAUGAUGAAUCAGAAACACAUCUACACACAUCUCAAGGUACAUCUGGAGUUCAGUGCCUACCUGAUGGACCUGCACAAACUGCUCACGGCAUUUCUCAGUCUGACUUAAAAACUGAUCACAAUGGACAAGAUUCUGUAACUACUUUUGCUGAAGAAACAUCACCUGAAGAGGAAGAUGUCCUGCUCAUGGCCCAGGUUGCUGGAAUAUCUCAUCUGGAAACAAGUGAUAGGGCAGCACUACACCUGCUUCUGACAAAGCGUCCAUCAUCUCGACAUGAAGAACUGAAAGAGCGAAAGACAUUUAUUAGAACAAGCCAGACGAGAAGCUCAGAGUCGUCCUGGACCGCAACGGUCUCUAUCAAAGGAAGAAGAGGAGCGACAGGCACAUUUACGAGAGCGAGCACGUCGUCUCAUUGCUGAGGCAAAGCAGGGUGUAGUGUCUCCUCCCUUAUUGAAAUCUUCUGCACACACACAAACUCAGGACCACUCUCAUGAUGAUGCUGAUGAUGUGAAUGAUGAGUGGUGUCCAGCAGGAAGAGCCUCACCUAGUUACGAGGUAAG